AUGAAGCCCCAACAGGCUUUGAAUUCACAGCUAUCAUAAGUCAUUGAUAGUAUGGGAGCUGCAAGUGGAAAAGCUUAAGCUUUGCCCUAACCAAUCACAACUUUAGGGAAAGUAGCAGCUAAUGGCCAUCGAGUCUAUGUAAAAAUAUCUGGAAAUACUUGCAUCGGAUUCAUCAAAGUAGGAACUAAAAAGCUGUUUGUACGAAAUAGAUCGGGGGCUAUUAUUGAAAUGGCUCCCUUAUCAGUGCUAGAUUUUUAUGUCCAUGAAAGUGUAUAAAGAGGAGGGCAUGGCAAAGAUUUAUUUGAGAAAAUGCUUUCAAGUGAGAAUGUAGAACCGAGAAAGCUUGCUUACGAUAGACCAUCUAAUAAAUACAGAGCAUUUUUAGCUAAAUACUAUAACCUCAGAAAUUAUGUACCAUAAAACAACAAUUAUGUAGUAUUUGACGAUUACUUCGAAGACAGAAGUGGACCUUAAGCCAGUCCUAUAUCAUAAGUUCAAUUGAAAAAUGAUUUACACUAGAGAUAAAGCUCACAGUCAACAAUAUAAAAGCAUGGUUAUAAUUAACCAUAAUAGCUACAUACAAUGACUAAUUUUUCAAAUACAGGAUCAUUAGUUAGUAGCAGUAGCUCAGGUAGAAUGUUUUCUAACUUGGGAAGAGAUCUUAUGAAUACUAACACACACGAUUCUAGAUUUCAUACUGCUUUUGGACCUUAAGGCUUUCAUUCUAGCUUUCAAGGAAGAAAUAGUCCACUUUAGACAGUCAAUGAAGUUCCAACCAAAAAUGGAUCAAUAUUAAAUCACUUAGGUGACUAAGGAUACUCUCCUUUCAAGGCAUUUUAAAAUAAAUAACAAUCUACAGUUGGUAUACUUUAAUCAAGUCAGAUGGAAGCUUAAUAAUCAUAAUAGCAUAAUCCAAUUGUAUAAAAGCAUUCUAGUCUUCCACCUAGAAACUAAUCUAAUUCAAACUCAAAUUAGUACCUCAAUUCAUUCUAUGCAGAGAUGCCAAAAUCAAACCUACAAAUAACUUCAGUUACCAACUGGAACAAGCCUGGUUAGUAAGGACUAAUGCAUGAGAAUACAUUUUCUCCAUUAGGAGGAACAUAUAAUAAAACUUUAUUCAAUCCUAUGAGUGGAGGAUAAAUUACUAUGCAAUCAAACUUUAAUAUUAAUCGUCAGUUCUGA